AUGGCGCCAAAGGGGAAAGCAAGUAGAGGCCGUGGUGGUGGGAGAUCCGGUGUACGAGUGUUCAAUGGUCGAAACCCUAAAGUUGCUGUCGGAACGUCUUUGAACGCCUCCAAUCCUUUGUCUUCAACCGCAACUGUUCCGAGUCAAACAGUUUCGAUGAGUCAAACAUCUAGGCCAACUGUUCCGAGUCAGUAUCCGGCAUCGUCACAACCACCACCUCCUGCUCGCCUUCCAUCACCGCAGGUUAGUCAGCAACAGCCGCCUCCUCAUCAACAGCCGCCUCCUCAUCAACAGCCUCCUCCUAAUUAUCUGCAGCAGCCGCCGCUUUAUCAACCGCCUCCUCCUAAUUAUCAGCAGCCGUCGCUUUAUCAACAGCCGGGUCCUUAUCAUCAACCUCCUCCUUAUCAAGACCAAGACCAUCCUCACGACCAAGUCCAUCCUCAGCAGAUUCCCCAACCUCAGAUGCCUCCUCAGGAAAACCCUAAUGCUCCACCGCCUGACUACCAGCAGAUGUUAGAGAAUUUGUUGGUUCUGCCUGGCCGAGAGCAUCUUCCACGUCUGAGUAAUGUUCCAAUUCCAGGCGUUGAGACUAUAUGGUUUGGCCGAGACAAAAGAGUAUUGUCCAGGAGUAUUGCUGGAAUAUUUCGGAGAAAAUUUGAUGGACCUUACUAUAGCUGGAAGGUGACUCCUACAGCCAUUCAAGAGCGAUAUUUCAGAUCAUUUGCGGUAAUGUUUGAUAUUCCUAUCAAUGUGCAAUAG